AUGGCCGACGCAAGGUACAACAAGUUCCUCGUCUUCCUUCUCGCCUUCGCUGCGUACGAGGAACGCAAGCUCGUUGAUCCCUACUUCAACAAGACGAACAUGAACUUGUACCGGGGAGACAAGGCAAUGGCCACCCAUUGGGGGAUCAUGCAGACGGCGUGCAGCAAAUGGCACGGCGUACAGGAGGAGAUCGACAAACGGCCGAUCAGCGGCCACGACUUGGAGCAAAGGCUGCGCCGAGCUUUGGACAUGUACACGGACGACACCGGCCUGCAGUUCAAGUUCCUCAACGUCUACGCCCGCCUCGAGAAGUGCGAGAAGUGGAAGGAAGUUCGCACAUCCCUCUCGAAAAGCAAGACCGAGCAGUACAACCCCGACGCUCCGCCGGCUUGCGCGGCGGAAGGGCGCCCUGAGCUCGGCCAGAAGAAGCAGAAAGAGCUCAAACGGACGGACAAUCCCGCCGACAGGAUGCAGGCGUCGAUCGACAAGUCCCAGCCACGACCUAAGAUCAACCAAAAGAAUGUAGUUAGCUAA